AUGGAAGGUCAUACUCAUUCUUGGAGACUGCCGUUGCCAACCCCAAGGCGUCCCUUGCACCAGAGGGCAGACUCCAGCUCCUCUGCAGACUCGCAGUCGUCCAACGCCUCACAUAAAUCCCACGGUUCAGAGGACCAGUUCAUAUUGUCUCCAACUCAGACGCCUGCACACGAGAACGCCCCGGCUCGAGUCAUGAUUCCGCGGUUUGCAACAGAUCCCACCGCAGCGAGGAAUGGUCUCCUCCUGGGGAAAGUCGAAGUUAACACUCGCGCUCAAGACUCGGGAACUUAUCCAACAUCACCAAGCCGCCUGAAAGUUGGUCCGAGCAGCAACAUCAAGCCGAUUGCCAUUGAACUGCCUGGAGGGCGGAAGCCUGACACUACCUCUGCUGCGUCCGUCGCAUCCGCUUCCAUCCCCCCACCUCCUCUAUCGGCAAGAGGCGACGUUCCUGGAGGGUACUUUCCACUGCACGAAGACCCCGACUCCCGAGUCCAUAUCCCCCACCCGUUCCACCUCGACGCCGACAUGGCUCGGCGGGACUCUAUACGGCGGGCCGCCGAGUCGAGCAAAUCUGGAAUAGAUCCCCGGCCCCCACAUCCUCCUCCGAGCAAGCAAACAACUGCAUCGAUAUCUCUCGACGCCCACAUCUCUUCAUAUAUACCCAGUGGCCUCUAUGACGACGUAGCCCUCCCCAUGGGGAAGUACUACCCAUCUAACUGGGAAAGCCGACAUGGAAAAUCGCCACAGACCCGGCCCUCGGUCAUGGUGCAGCCUGCCGCGUCCACCAUGAGGUCCGAGCCACAGGUCCCCAAGUUUCAAGGCGACCAAACGCACCACCACCGGCCCGUGUCCGACGUCAAAAGGCGGCUGCUGCAAUACCAACGAGAUAUGGUCGCGCAGGCCGCCAAUGCGCUCAUCGCCAGCACCGGGUCUACCGGUUCGGCAACGGCAUCGUACCCGAGUGGAGUGCCGCUGCCGAAGGGCCAACUUGCUGCCACGUUUCUGAGGACGCACAAGCCGCCCUCGCCGCGGCUAGCGCCAGUUGGGAGCCCCGGCCCGGUGACGCCCAUGUCGCUGGAAGCGGACUCCUACCUGAGUCUUGGCCCGUCGUCGGUGGGCGGUGGGACGGACUCUGGCUUCCCGGGCUUGGAGGUGCGGGACGAGAGGAAGGCGGGCGGUAAGGGGAAGCACCGUCGGAAGGAUUCUCGGUCGUCACCCCUCGAUAUGAUUGCCGCGUCGGUUUGA